AUAGUUGAUUCAGAGCAGUGGACUUUGCCCGAACGUGAGCAAUUCCCAUAUUAUUUCAAUAAACGAGAACAAAGAAAGAAAGAGUUAUUGGCGCACUGGUCGAAAAUCGAGAAGUCCUGGGAUGAUCAGCUGGCGUCCAUUCAAACAGAACUUCCGAAGUCGAAAAGUACCACCGCGCAAAAAUGAUUUUGUUGUAGUCAGCUUCGUUAUUUAG